GCUGCGGCGUUGGCGGCCAGCAGCGUCAUCAGCACAGCCAGCGCCACUUCUAUAUACGCCUUCUAUACAGGCACGGAUCGGGGUGUCCAACUUGGCAUGCAGGAUCCCAACUCUGGUGAUAUCUGGGUCAACGACUGCGCCGCCAUGAACAAUGGCAACCCAUUGUUUCCGACAGAUGUGCCGAUUGUGCUGCCGGUUUCGACCCCGGUGAAGAUGGGAGGAAGCAUAGCAGCAACGGGCUGGUGGGAUUCACAGAAAGUAGUUACCUCCGUCUUCUGGCACUCAGUAAACGGCACCAUCGUCAACGCCAUCUACAACUGCGACAACGAGUCGGGCACGUUUGUCCGGAUGGGGCCUGAAUAUGUCAUCUCCGAGACAGCAAACGUCAAGAAUUCAUCCAUCCACGAAAACACGGGCUUGGCCGUGGAGCUCCUGGGAAGCACCGCCGGCUACAGAGUCUUUUACCACGACAACAACAGCCAGGUCCAAGAGCUGUUUUACACCCAAAAGACAAACUGGAACUACGGCGGCAUCGUAUCGCAGGAUCCGGUUGCAUCAUUUGCUCUGGGCACGGCCCAUUCGUCAACCGACAACAUCACCGUUGCGUUCCCCAGGAGUGACAAGGACAUUGAGGUUUCGCGCUUCAACUCGGACAAGACGUGGCACAUCUCGACUUUCCCCGAGUCUCUCGAAAACUCUCCCACAAACAAAACUGACACCUCCAAGAUUGAAAUCGACCCCAAGGCCGAGGCCAAUUUCACCCUCCCGGCCUGGGACGGCGCGCCCAGCGGCAUGGGCGUUGCCAUUGACAGCACCUUCACCCGCAGCGUCUUCUAUAUCGGAACCGAUAGACUGCUGCACGAAGUCUCCAACAUCAACUUCCAAUGGAAGCUGUACCCGAACCAGACCAGCGAGGCCUGGCCCGAGGCAGACGAGGCAAACGCCGACCUGGCCGUGACUUACAACUUCCAGUCAAGCGAGGCCUGGAUCUACUACGUGUCCGGCGGCAGCCUCGUCCAGGCAUACCGCGGAACCAGCGGCGACUGGAGCUCAGCCGUCGUCGUGUCUGUAAACUCCAUCGACGACAAAACCACCAGCAAUGUGGAUGGCAAGAAGUCCUCUGGCCUGUCCACGGGAGCCAAGGCCGGCGUCGGUGUUGCCGUCAGCAUCGGUGUCCUUGCAAUUGCCGGCCUCGGCCUCUUCUUCUUCCUUCGA